AUGACAUAUCCUUUGGAGAAUCCUCCCCUUUACACCAUUGAUGCCUGUCCUGGCAACCAGACUGAAUGGGAGGCGGCUUCAAGGAGACUGAACUGUACAAUGAAAUCAAACGUCUUCAAAAAUAGAUAUCACUGUGUGGCCACCAGAGACCGAUCACGGCUGGUGGAGUUCUGUUAUCCACAGUAUAGGAGCCUGUUUGGGAAAGGACAGUGUGUUAUAAUCGAUCCUCCGCUCACAUUGGACAAUUAUACUUGUCUUCAUUUCACGAAUGGAUGUCCUGAUGAUAAUUAUUUCACUGACCAGUUAUACAAAUAUCCUAAUUGUUUCCGGAUUGAACCUGCUCUGAAGUGUUUCAUUUCUGAUGAAUCAUGUUUGAAGAAGAAUCGUAGGAUUACCGCAAUGCAAAGUGAAGAAGAGUCCACUUCACAGUUAUCCAUAGCUCAGAACUUUACUAAACAGUCACACAAAAAGAAAGAUUUAGUUCCUAUUUUAGUUCCUACGUUUCUCCUUCUCGGAAUCUUUUUUGGAAUCGUAAUAUUUACGAUGACCCGAUUAAAAAGGAGGAAUUGCUUGACAACAAAAAAUCCAAUGGGAGAUGUUCAUAGUGUCAAGAGCGAUGUAACAGAAUACUUGCUACAAAGUGAAACAGAAAAUGUGAACAAAAUCGACUCUAUAGAAAUAUAUCGUGUGCAGGAUGAGACAAACACGGAGGAUAAAAAUGUAAUAGUUGAGAGGCGUGACUGGCAAAGAGAUGAAGAACACAUAGAUAAAGAUCUUCAGCAGAAGAUAGGUAAAACCAGAAAAAUAUUGAAAGAUUUUAAAGAGAAUAUAAGUGAUGUGUUUGUAAAGACACGAGCACAUAAGACUGUUUUGAGUAAAAUUAAAAAACAAAGGUAUUGCAUAGUUAAAGGAAAUCCGGGGGAUGGAAAAACUACCACUGCUAAACACAUCUUACUAGAACUAGAACAGGAAGGAAUGUAUCCAAUAGAGAUAUAUACGAUAAAAGAUAUUGAAACUUUACCGAUGUGCUCUAAAAUAGCUAUUUUUAUAGAUAACAUAUUUGGUGAGAACGGUUUGCUAGAAGAUGAAUUGCAUGAUUUUAAGGUUCGAGAAACCAUGAUCAAAGCUACAGUAUCGAACGAUGAGGGAAAUGGCAACAUAUUAAUCACAACGAUUAGGAAUGACGUAUACAAAGAAUGUGCAAACAUUCUUAGACACAAUGACUUUCUAAAUUCCUCCGUAAUUGAUAUAUCUGAUACAGAAAACCAAAUAAAAGGAGAAGAGUUUCAGGAAUUUGUGAAGAAAUAUAGAUUACAACACCUAAAUCCAUAUAUGGAAAAGAUAGACAUUCAACAUUUUGGAUGUUCAGUCGGAAUUCCACAAUGUUUCAGAUUACUGCAAAACAAAAUAGAUAGUAAUACUAAUGAUGUGCGUGAACUCUUCGUUAAUCCUUUAAAUUAUCUACAGAGCGAAAUUGAAAAAAGAAUGCAAAAGAAGGAGCCUAAAACAGCUGUAUUGAUUUACAUUCUUUUGUGUGGAGGAAACAUCAGUAAAGACACAUUGUGGAAUGUCCACAAGGACAUGGCAAGGAAAUAUAAAGCCAUGAGUAUAAUACGAAUGAAAGAAGAUGGCGACUCACUUCAGAAAUUUCACAGUUCUAUUGGGUCGUUUGAUGGUAUAUAUAUGAUAUAUGAUGAUAUUGAACAGACUUAUAGAUUUUCGCACAGUUCUGUUCAACAAAGCCUUUUUCAUUAUCUCUGGCAAUAUCAUCCAAAAGAGAUAAUUUCUGAGUGCGAUCCAUCGUUAUUUGUACCUUUAACUGCUUCAAACACGACCCAAAAUGCUGAAGCAAUAGAGGUCGAAAUGUUUCCAUUACUGGUAGAGAGAAUUAAAGUACUGAUUACAGAAAUCAAAACUAUGUCUGCAUUUAAAUCAAUAUCUUUGAUGAAACUCUGGUCAAACAAUGAAUUUAUAGAGAAUUUCAUGAAGAAUAAGAAGUGUGUAAAAGCAAUGAUAGAGUGUGUUGACGAAAGAGAAGAUUCUAUGUUGGUUCAUUUCUCAAAAGUGGGUAAUGCAAAAAUUGUUGGCUUUUUGCUGCACUAUUCAUCAGAAAAAGAAAUAUAUAAAUCAUUAAACAAGGCUUGCAAUUACAAUUAUAUCGAUGUUGUGGACCUUAUUCUAGAAAAAACAAAUGUUAUAUAUGAUCUCAGAACAUGUUUUUAUGCUGUACAAAGUGGAAAUAUUGAUAUGCUUUUCCGUUUUACAGACAAUGUAGAUCUAAAACAAACAGAGUUUUCAAAUCAUCCAGGAUGGUCCUUUCUGAGAGGGGGUUUGCUUCAUGAAAUCUGUUUCUUUGGCCAAAAUCAAUUAAUUGAACCUGUUCUUAGGCGUUGUUCGAUCGUUCGUGAUGUUAAAAAUGAACAAGGUGGGAAUGCUCUUCAUUUUGUUGCAUUUGCGGGACAAAAAGAUUCCUUUAAAAUGUUGAUAAACAGUGGGUCUGACCUAUACGCUAGAUCUCAUCAUGGUUCUACUGUUCUUCAUUACGCUUGUCAAAAUGGUAAGUUAGAUAUGGUUAAAUAUAUCUGUGAGACCUAUCCUAAUUUAUUGAAAAAGACCUUUGAUGACUAUGAAGGGCACACUUCUCUUCACUGGGCAGCACAAUCGGGGAACAUUGAGUUAUAUGAAUACCUUUUAGAGAAAGGUGUUAUAGUAUCAAUUACCAAAGGUCAGGAUUCACCGCUAAAAUUUGCUUGUAGAAGUGGACAAAUUCAAAUGUGUAAUUAUCUAGUCCUAAAUCAUCCAAAAUUACUUAAUAUUUCUGACAAAAAUGGACUCACUGUUUUACAUGACGCAGCCUGGGGAGGAAAUAUUGACGUCUUCAAGUUUCUGCUAGACAAAGGAUUAGAUGUUAAAAGUAGAACAAUUAAAGGUAAAACAGUCCUACACCAUUGCUGUAUGAAUGGAAAGUUAGAAAUGUGUAAGUACUUGGUCAACAAACACUCUGAACUAAUAGAAAUCAGUGACAAUGAUGGACGUACAGUUCUACAUGGCGCAGCCUGGGGAGGAAAUGUUGAUGUUUUCCAGUUUCUAAUAGAAAAAGGCUUAGACUUUAAAAGUACAACAAAUAAAGGUAAAACAGUUCUACACCAGAGUUGUAUGAAUGGUAAGUUAGAAAUGUGUAAGUACUUGGUCAACAAACACUCUGAACUAAUAGAAAUCAGUGACAAUGAUGGACGUACAGUUCUACAUGGCGCAGCCUGGGGAGGAAAUGUUGAUGUUUUCCAGUUUCUAAUAGAAAAAGGCUUAGACUUUAAAAGUACAACAAAUAAAGGUAAAACAGUUCUACACCUGAGUUGUAUGAAUGGUGAGUUAGAAAUGUGUAAGUACUUGGUCAACAAACACUCUGAACUAAUAGAAAUCAGUGACAAUGAUGGACGUACAGUUCUACAUGACGCAGCCUGGGGAGGAAAUGUUGAUGUUUUCAGGCUUCUGAUAGAAAAAGGCUUAGACUUUAAAAGUACAACAAAUGAGGGUAAAACAGUUCUACACCAGAGUUGUAUGAAUGGUAAGUUAGAAAUGUGUAAGUACUUGGUCAACAAACACUCUGAACUAAUAGAAAUCAGUGACAAUGACGCGGAAACUGCGUUGCAUGACGCAGCCUGGGGAGGAAAUGUUGAUGUUUUCCAGUUUCUGAUAGAAAAAGGCUUAGACUUUAAAAGUACAACAAAUGAGGGUAAAACAGUUCUACACCUGAGUUGUAUGAAUGGUGAGUUAGAAAUGUGUAAGUACUUGGUCAACAAACACUCUGAACUAAUAGAAAUCAGUGACAAUGAUGGACGUACAGUUCUACAUGACGCAGCCUGGGGAGGAAAUGUUGAUGCUUUCCAGUUUCUGAUAGAAAAAGGCUUAGACUUUCAAAGUACAACAAAUAAAGGUAAAACAGUUCUACACCAGAGUUGUAUGAAUGGUAAGUUAGAAAUGUGUAAGUACUUGGUCAACAAACACUCUGAACUAAUAGAAAUCAGUGACGAUGACGAGGAAACUGCGUUGCAUGACGCAGCCUUGGGAGGAAAUGUUGAUGUUUUCAAGCUUCUGAUAGAAAAAGGCUUAGACUUUAAAAGUACAACAAAUAAAGGUAAAACAGUUCUACACCAGAGUUGUAUGAAUGGUAAGUUAGAAAUGUGUAAGUACUUGGUCAACAAACACUCUGAACUAAUAGAAAUCAGUGACGAUGUUGGACGUACAGUUCUACAUGGCGCAGCCUGGGGAGGAAAUGUCAAUGUUUUCAAGCUUCUGAUAGAAAAAGGCUUAGACUUUAAAAGUACAACAAAUAAAGGUAAAACAGUUCUACACCAGAGUUGUAUGAAUGGUAAGUUAGAAAUGUGUAAGUACUUGGUCAACAAACACUCUGAACUAAUAGAAAUCAGUGACGAUGACGAGGAAACUGCGUUGCAUGACGCAGCCUGGGGAGGAAAUGUUGAUGUUUUCAAGCUUCUGAUAGAAAAAGGCUUAGACUUUAAAAGUACAACAAAUAAAGGUAAAACAGUUCUACACCUGAGUUGUAUGAAUGGUAAAUUAGCAAUGUCAAUGUUUUUACUUAGCCAUUGCCCUCAUUUUCUUAAUAUGAAAAAUAUUGACAAUGAAAAUGCACUACCUGAUGCAGCAUGGGGAGGAGAUGUUGAUCUGUUCAAAUUCCUGAUAGAAAAAGGUCUAGACAUCAAUUCUUCAUCCAGAUAUGGUAAGUCUAUGCUACACUGGAGUUGUAGGAAUGGCAAGUUAGAGAUGUCUAAAUAUUUAGUUUCCAAAUAUCCUGAUUUGUUACGUGCCAUUGAUUAUGAUGGUAUGAAUGUUUUACAUGAUGCUGCCUUUGGGGGUAGUGUUGAAUUGUUUGAGUUCCUGAUAGGCAAAGGUUUGGAUGUAGACAGUAGAGCUAACAACGGAAAGACGGUAUUAGCCUGGUGUUGUAGAAAAGGUAAGCAAGCAAUGUUUAAAUACUUGAACAAAAAGUAUCCUCACUUUCUUCAUUUGAAGGAUGAUGAUGAUGAAAAUGUGAUACAUGACGCAGCCUUUGGAGGUAAUGUGGAUCUAUUUAAAUUUCUGAUGGAAGAAGGUUUUGAUGUAAAAAGUAAAACAAAAGGAAGUAAAACACUCUUACACCAGUCAUGUAAGAAUGGUGAGUUAGCAAUGUGUGAGUACUUGUUCCAAAUACACCCCGAAUUAGUCAAAUGUAUUGACAGUGAUGGUGGAAAUCUUUUACAUGAUUCAGCUUGGGGAGGUAAUGUUGAGGUUUUCAAGUUUGUUUUGGGAAAGGGUUUGGAUGUUAACAGUAAAACAAAGAAAGGGAAAACAGUCUUACAUCAGUGUUGUAUGAAUGGUGAAGUGCACAUGUGUAAGUAUCUGACAAGCCAUUACCCUGACUUACUGGAACAUAUGGACAGUGAUGGUGAGUCUGUGUUACAUGACGCAGCAUUUGGAGGUAAUAUAUAUCUCCUUGAUUUUCUGAUAGACAAAGGCUUAGAUGUAAACCGUAAAACUAACAAAGGCAAAACAGUCCUACACAAAUGUUGUAUGAAUGGUAAGGUACAGAUGUGUGAGUACUUAGUCAACCAUCAGCCACAAUUACUGACUGUCCAGGACAUUGAUGGUGUGAAUGCCUUACAUGAUGCAGCUUAUGGAGGUAACACAGAACUCUUUAAGUUUUUGUUGGAGAAAGGUCUAGAUGUCCACAGUAAAACUGGUAAUGGUCACACGGUCCUACAUCGCUGUUGUCACGAGGGUAAGCAAGCAAUGUUUGAUUACCUGACGGUGAUUUUUUCGGAUUUAUUAUAUGUUGUGGACAAUGAAGGUAACACGGUCCUACACGUCGCUUGUCUCCAAAAUCAAACAAAAAUGUGUAGCUCUUUGGUUCACAAUUUUCCAAAUUUACUCGAUAUUGAAAAUAAAUAUGGGGAGAAAGUUGUUGUGUGUUUAGUGGAUGGCAAGCAGUGGUUUAAAAUGACAAACGAACAAUAGGAAACAUACUUUUACUGACAAACUUUAUAUAUGA